AUGCCGCUCUUCCUCGCGAAUUUGGCCAUGUCGAGCUACUUCCUCGCGCUGUGCUACGUGCUGCUCACGGCAAUGACUGUGAACAAGUACCUCGAAGUGCGGCGCGUGCUCGAGCGCCACCAGCACACGACGUGGAGCACUGUGCAGCUGCUGGUCCUCAGUGUCGCGCUAGGCGCUUUCUUCCGGUCCGCUACGUUCUCCACGCUGUGCAUUUUGGACUCGCAAGCGACAGCUGACUUGCCCACGGGCAUCCCCCGUGCGAACCCAUGGACUCGUGACGCGCUGCCGCCGUCCACUUAUGGGCGAGGAGGCGCCACUGGCACGACAGGGGGAGACGGCGGUCACGCACAGGCAGAGCUCGACUUUUACAAUAAGGUCGUGGCCGUGCUGUUCAAUUUGCCCGACUUUCUCUUUGUGUCGUCGUACUUGUUACUGGUGCUUGUGUGGGCAGAGGCGUUCCAGUCGUCGCGACGCCAUUGGUUCUCGGCUGCAGCGUUCCGACGCAAGUGGAUGAUCUUCUACCUCGUCUUCAACGGAGGACUAUACUUGACGCAGCUGGUGCUGUACGCGAGUCUGUUUCUCUACGACAAGAACGGCAUCUUUGAUGACGACAAGGAAGAUCGUCUCAGUGUUAUCCCAGAGACGAUUUUCUACUUGGUCGCAGCGGCAGACUUGUUUCUUCCGAUCAUCAUCUUCUCGACGUGGCUGUACUUGACGCUCUCUCUGUCGGGAUUCCCCAUGAAGUCGCAAUCGGCAGAGCUCCGACUUCAGUGGGUGGGCCGACUCGUCAUGGCCUGGAGUGUCGGACGUAUCCUGUACAGUGUGAUGACACUUCUCACAUUUACCAAGGGAUGGUUCAACGUACAUCGCGAAGACGCUUCGGCACAGGCAAUGCUGCUCGUCGUGGUGUUUUUUGCGGCAGAGCUGAUUCCCAUUUACUUGACACUCGACAAACGUUUGCUGGCAAUGCUAUCGAUGGAGAACUACGAACCGCUGUUAGCAGGCUCUCUAACUGAUCGCUAG